CAGAAAGGUGUAAGUACAUUUACCUUACGUAGCGUACAUUCUAUAAUUUCCUACAUACUAAUUGAGUAUAUUUCGUUUACAAAUACUAAUUAACAAACGAAGUUACAAUAGGCAAGCAUUUGCGAAAUUUUAUUGUUAAAUAUUAUGUGGAAAGGUGGCAGGUGCUUUAGCUUCAUAGACAUGUCUGUUCCGAAAGCAAGUAAAACGAAGUAUAGUUAAACGGUAUAUAAGAUUUACCCUUCCAUUACAUUAAUUAAAUUUCCUAUUUAUUUUAAUAUUGCAGGAAAUGCCGCGCGGUAAAAAAUCACGAAACGUAAACGAACCGGAGCGGCCGAAGGAGCCCCCACAGGAGGAGAAUGCUAUUAUGGUGCCACCCCCGCCGGAGACGCUUACCGCGCCGGAGGCGCCGAUCCCUCCACCGGAGGCGCUGAUCCCUCCACCAGAGGUGCUGAUCCCUCCUGCACCGGAGGCCAUGGAAGUGCCUGCUGCUGCGGAGAAUCCGUGGUCAAACAUACUCAGCUCCGAAGGAGUCCGGCCAGAAGCCACGUAGGCGCUCAAAUUUUGGCUGUCAGCAACGAUCCUGCUGAAAGGAUUGAGCUGCUAGAGCGCUACGUGGUGACGACCAACGAGCGGUUGAGGGCCUUCGAGGAGGAGUUGGCCACUCGGGGCCCUAGCAGCAGCGGGCACCAUGGCCAUCGUCGCGGUCGGAGAGAUCGGGGCCGUCAGCGGGGGAACCGUGGCCGGGGGAACUCCACCAUGUUUUUAUCAACCGUGUCCAAGGAAAUUCAAUUUAUACAGUGGACUGCGAAGGCAUCUUCGAACAUAUAGUACUGCUCCAAACACCUCUACAAAAAAUGUAACCGCAGACGAUGCAGACGGAAACGCAAAUGAUGUAAUACAUGAAGUUUCUUCGCACAGUGACAAUGACGUUAAUUUCUCUGAAACUACUGAUCAACUUUUAAAUUGUAGCGUACCACUCCCUGACCCUAAUCUGCCAGUUAAUGAAGCUGCUAAUUUUGUAAGUAAACUGACAUCUUUGGGUUUACCCGCUACCACUACUCAGCAAAUUAUUGACGCAACUAACGAAUUUGUAAAUAAUAUAGUGUGGAGUAUGCACAAUAAUGAUCAAGAUGGCAGCUAUGAACCAAAAAAUUAUUUUCAAAAUUUUGAUUCGCACUACAAAAGAGAAAAGUAUUUUGAAGCACAAAUUGUAAAACCUAUUGAAAUUUGUUUGGGACAAAGGCACGACCAAAUAUGGGAUCAAAAAUCUUUUUUUCUACAACUGUCAAAAAAACCUGUCAUUUUCUGACGGAUUUCGAAACGCGAAGUACUAGAUUUUUA